UACAAAUUGCCCCUCUGUUGCCAUGACAACAUUCCAGAGAAGCGAAUCAGAAUUAGCGAGACAGGAAAUGAUGUGAACUCUAGCCACUUGCAGUCCAUUUUCGAACAGAUAUACAAGAUACACUUGGGACCGGUGCGUGUUUACUGUUUGCCACGCUGCAAGCCGAAGCUGGGCCAAAGCCGAAUAAAUGCUAAAUAUAGCAGUUACGGUUGAAAUGCUGCAGUCGGUUGGUAUAACUCACUGUUAAACUAAUUAAAUAGCGUUUUGCCAUAAUAUUUUAUCUUUGUCUGCUGAAGACGUCCGUUCAGCUCGCUUGUUCAACAACAUGGAGGAUGUGCAAAAGCAUUCGGUCCACACCCUGGUGUUCCGCUCUCUGAAGCGAACACAUGACAUGUUCCUGUCCGAGCAUGGUCACCUUCCAUCACAGGAUGAAAUGAGUCACAAGAUCAAGAUGGCAGUCAAGCGGCGCGACCUGUACGGCCCGGUGCUGCACCUCGGGCGCGGACAGCGCGCGGCGCCCUCGCACAAGGCCGACAAGAGCGAGCACCUGGCGAUCACGGCCGGGCCCGGCGGCCGGGGCGCCGCUGGCAGGCCCGGCACCAUGGCUGUGGCGCCGUACGCCGGUGACCCGUCCGCCGACGCAGGCCGGCCGGCCGGCGGCCAGGGGGCGCUGGUGUCCCAGGAGGGCCGCGGCGGCAGCGGCGCGCAGGGUGCCCUGGUGCCGCGCCGGCCGGCCGUCAUGCCCAAGCCGAGCUGGCACCCGCCCUGGAAGCUGUACCGCGUCAUUUCGGGCCACCAGGGCUGGGUGCGCUGUCUGGCCUUCGAGCCGGGCAACGAGUGGUUCUGCACCGGAGCCGGAGACCGCAUCAUCAAGAUAUUCGACCUGGCCAGCGGUAAGCUGAAGCUGUCGCUGACGGGCCACGUCAGCACCGUCCGAGGACUGGCCGUCAGCAAGCGGCAGCCCUACCUCUUCUCGUGCGGCGAGGACAAGCAGGUCAAGUGCUGGGACCUCGAGUACAACAAGGUGAUCCGCCACUACCACGGCCACCUGUCGGCGUGCUACGCGCUGGCGCUGCACCCGACCAUCGACGUGCUAGUGACGGCCGGCCGCGACUCUGUGGCGCGCGUCUGGGACAUCCGCACCAAGGCGGCCGUGCACACGCUGGCUGGGCACACCAACACAGUGGCGUCGGUGGUGUGCCAGGCCACCGACCCGCAGAUCAUCACGGGCAGCCACGACUCGACGAUCCGGCUGUGGGACCUGGCCGCCGGAAAGUCCAUGGCCACGCUCACCAACCACAAGAAGUCGGUGCGCGCCGUGGCGCUCCACCCCAAGUUGUACAUGUUCGCCUCCGCAUCCCCGGACAACAUCAAACAGUGGCGCUGCCCCGAGGGCAAGUUCGUGCAGAACCUGACCGGACACAACUCCAUACUCAACUGUCUGGCCAUCAACAGUGACGGCGUGAUGGUCUCUGGCGGCGACAAUGGCACUCUCCACUUCUGGGACUGGCGCACCGGCUACAACUUCCAGCGCAUGCAGCCGCCCGUGCAGCCGGGCUCUCUGGACUCGGAGGCGGGCGUGUUCGCGCUCGGUUUCGACCACUCGGGCACGCGGCUCAUCUCCUGUGACGGAGACAAAACCAUCAAACUCUACAGGGAGGACGACACCGCCACGGAGGAGAGCCACCCGAUCAACUGGCGACCCAACAUUCUGAAGCGGGCGCGGUACUGAGGGGGAUAUCAGCUGCUCUGGUCUAUCUGUGCCGUUGGACGGGGCCCGGACGCGCCGUCAGCUCGUCUCCACGCCUCGGUCCCGUGUCGUCCGGCGGUGGCGGACGCCGCCCGUCUCGAGGGCUCUGCGGCGACCUGCCGGUGCGGCGGCUCACCCCAUCUGGUCUCCCGCGGCGCCCAGUGUCGCCCUGCCAGGGGGCGUGUGGCGGAGGACGCCCUCAGCGCGCUGAGGGAACGGACCGGUAUCCUUUGCCCGCCCCGCUGUGUGCCGGACUCCGGCAGAGCUGUGGUUACCGCGCCGAGCCAUGGUCGGUUCACGGUGGCGACGGUGCGGGGGGGGGAGGAGGGGGCGGCUUUUGUACCCAGUGUGUGUGAGAGCGCUGUGGAGAUCAUCUCGAGGUGUUGUCGAGUAUCGUGUCGACUGCUGAGCAUCUGUAGGCUGUGGCCGCGCGGAGAGGGGCUGUCUGUAGGCGUGGACCGCCUGGUGCAGCGGCACCCACAUGCACCGCAGCCGGCCGCGGCCUCGUGCAAAUACACAUCCCAUCUGACCGUGA